AGUUUUCUGAGGGCGAUAUAGUCAAUUCACUCACACAUUAUCCUCUUUCACUCGCUCAGCGGUCCCUGCGUCUGCCGCGGUUUCAAUUUCGCUAAGAAACUACCUCCAUUGUGGAUAGAGCAAGAAAAUGGCUUCUUCUAUAUCCUCUCUUGCAUUUUCUCUCUCUUCUCUCUCGUUUUCUUCCCAAAUAUCGCAGAAGCCGAACGGCCUGUCCUUUCCUCGCUCAAAAUCUCUGGUAAUUUCCCAUCCCUGCAAUUCCUCCCCACUUGUGGUAUCUGCCUCCGCCGCUACCGGCGUGGAGACGGCGGAGCUUAGGAGCUUCGUGAAAUCGAGGCUUCCUGGUGGCUUCGCUGCGCAAACGCUUAUUGGCACGGGUCGCCGGAAAUCUGCCAUUGCUCGCGUUGUCAUCCAAGAAGGCACUGGCAAAGUUAUAAUCAAUUACCGUGACGCUAAGGAAUACCUUCAAGGAAACCCAUUGUGGCUUCAAUAUGUGAAAGUUCCGUUAGUAACAUUGGGAUAUGAAAGUAGCUACGACGUAUUCGUUAAAGCCGAAGGAGGGGGCCUCUCUGGCCAGGCUCAGGCAAUUUCGCUCGGCAUUGCUCGUGCGUUGCUAAAGGUGAGUGAUGAUCACAGGGCACCUCUAAAGAAAGAAGGGCUUUUGACAAGAGACUCUAGAGUGGUGGAGAGGAAGAAGGCUGGUCUCAAGAAAGCCCGUAAAGCCCCACAAUUCUCCAAGCGUUGAGGUUCUUCCUCCUGUCAAAAUUUCUCUUGAAUGUUUUCCAUAGCCUCCUUCCCUACAUUGUGUGCACAACCCAAAUGUUAUCUUCUACUUGCUUUCCACACUAAUGGAGUGUAUCUAAGAAAUCUGAGGGGAGCUGAGGAUAUGUAUUAAAAAGUCAGUACCCAUAAUUGGUCAUGAUUUUUUUUAGUUAAAACAUAGUUUUAGUCUAUAUAACUUGGCUCUACUAUUAUUUUAGAUUUUCUA